AUGGCUCCAAAUAUACAAACGUUUAUAAAUUCCUUCCAAAAUCGCUUGGAGCCCCCAGUUCGGCAACAUCUUAAAAAUGUCUAUGGGACUUUGAUGAUGACUUGCACUGCUGCAUCAGUUGGUGUUUAUGUAGACAUGUUUACAAGAUUCCAAGCAGGAUUUUUGUCAGCUAUUGUGGGAGCAGGUCUAAUGUUGAUGUUGCUUGCAACCCCAGAUGAUGGUAAAAACACAAAAUUGCGUUUGGGAUAUUUGACUGGAUUUGGUUUAACCUCAGGUAUGAGCUUGGGACCACUUCUAGAGUAUGUUAGUGCUGUUGACCCAUCAAUAAUUGUAACAGCCCUGUUGGGAACAACUCUGGUAUUUGUAUGCUUCUCAAUUGCUGCAAUGUUAGCUGAGCGUGGCAGUUGGUUAUUCUUGGGAGGGACUCUGAUGACAUUAUUUUCGUCAAUGUUUGUCAUGUCUCUUGCUAAUAUAUUCCUGCAGUCUCAGUUCAUCUACCAAGCUCAUCUUUACCUUGGUCUUGUGCUUAUGUGUGGAUUUGUCUUAUUUGAUACACAACUGAUUAUUGAGAAACGUCGCAUGGGCAGCAAGGACUUUGUGCAACAUGCUUUAGAGCUGUUUAUUGAUUUUGUUGGAAUGUUUAGACGUCUUGUCAUCAUUUUGACACAAAAGGAGGAGCAAAACCGUCGCCGCAAACGUGAUUAA